AUGUCAAAUCCAAUACCUAGGGUUUAUUUCCUGGGGAACUCUUCCAUGACAUACCUACUAGCACUAAGAAUUGCACAACUCCCGAGCCAACCAAAGGUUCCGUCAAUUGUUCUUCUUUUAAACGACCAGAAGAAACUAAAUAGGUUUCUUAGCAAUGACUCUAAAAUUGUUGUCAAAUCAAAUAGUAGUGAUAAAGAAAUUCACCAUAGGCAGUUUAUGGCAUCGUGUGUUCCACCUAUCCUUAACAAUAGUGAAAUUGCGCCAAUUGAAAAUUUAAUAAUUUCCGAUGCUUCUUCAAAAUUUAUAACUGCUCAACUUUCUAAAUAUAGUAGAUCCUUGAAGCCUGAAACCAACAUUCUGUUUUUGAAUCCAAGUCUAAAUUUAUUAGAAUAUUUGCAUAGAUAUCGAUGGCGCUCUGAUCAGACAAGACCAAAUUUGUUUAUGGGGUUCACAUCGCCAGUUGAGAUUGGAACUAUACACCAAGAGUUCCAACUAGUGAUAAAGAUGAAGGAAAGAAUGAAAUUUCAUAUAGCGAAGAUUGAUGAUUUUCCUCCAAUGGGCCACGUUUAUCGCAAAGCUGGUCCCCCUCUGAUAGAUGACAGGCCAAAAAAUGAAAAGGAAAACAACACACUUUACAAAUUGUUUAGAGAAAUGUCCAAACUACGAUCCGGUAUCGGCUCAAAAUUAGUCAAUUUUGAUCUGAUUAUCCACACUUUUCACGAUUUGUUCUUCAUUGAAUUGGAAAAUUUGAUAAUAGAAAGUUGCACUGAGCCUUUACUGGCAGUGUACGAUUGCGUAUUUAAAAAAGAGUUAUUGAAAGUUCCUGGUGCGCAAGAUAUAAUUCAUAAGCUAAUAAAAGAGCAACUAUCCAUCAUUGAUCAAUCCUACUCAUCAUUAAAAAACUAUCCAAAUUACUCUGUCAUAUUUGAGGAAGAAAGAAUGUUCAACUUAGUGAUAAGAGAUUUGAAGGUUAAUGGACACAAACGCGCUAAAUUGGCACAGUCUUUAAGGCAAUUGAAUCAAACGAAUAUUGAUGAACUCAACGGAUAUUUUGUAACGCUUGGUAAGUACAAAAAGUGUAAUUGCAGGUGGAAUGAAAUGAUACUGACUUUAAUAAAAGGAAAAUGGUCAAUUGCCAAGCAAAAGGCGCUGGAUUAUCAUUACUUGUAG